AUUUGUCGCAACUGAAUUUUGCCGAAAACUCGCUCGAUAAUUUCAGAACUCUGAUUCUUUGUGGACAAAAACCAUUUGGUUGCUUAGUGAAGCAGUCUUUGUUCCUUUUUGUAAGUGCAAUGGCCUUUUCUGACCCGCGAGGAGUGUUGACAACAGAGCAGAUCCAGGCAAUCCAAGUGGCCACCCAGGGCAAACUGCUGGACCCUGCCACUGAGAAAUCCCUCCGCUCUGUUUUUGUGGGCAACAUCCCCAAUGACGUCACAGAGGAUCAGCUGAAGGAGAUAUUUAGUCAAGUGGGACCUGUGCUUAGCUUCAGAAUUGUGUACGACAAGGAAAGUGGCAAGGCAAAAGGAUACGGUUUUGCUGAGUACCCAGACCAGGAAACAGCUCAGUCGGCGAUGCGCAAUCUGAACAACUACGAUCUAAGUGGUCGUAUUUUGAGAGUCGAUCACGCUAGCAGCGAAAAGAGCAAAGAGGAGUUGCGUCUCCUAGCUCAGGCGGUAACUGGAAAACAAGAAGAGAGUCCUUACGGAGAUGCAGUUGAACCAGCAGAAGCGCCGGAGGAAAUAUCCAAGGCAGUCGCUAGUUUGCCUCCGGAACAGAUGUUUGAACUAAUGCGUCAGAUGAAAGCGUGUAUCAAAAACAACCCUGUAGAAGCGAGAACCAUGUUGUUGCAGAAUCCUCAAUUAGCAUAUGCUUUACUGCAGGCCCAAGUUGUGAUGAAAAUAGUUGAUCCAAAAGCGGCAGUUGAGCUUCUUCACAGGGUGUCUACCAAAGUAGAUGCAAUUCGACCAAUGCAGAAUAUAGGUCCUCAAGGUCCCGGUGGUUUCCAGGCGAAUUUAAUGCAGCAAAUGCACCCGGUUGCUAACAACCCGAACAUGCCUCCAUCAGGUCCAGAACCCUGGCGACAGAAUACGCCCCAGGAUCCUAGAGGAAGACCAAUGCCGAUGGAUUUCCAGGGUCCGAACCCAGGGAUGUUGGGCGGUCCUGGUUCGGCGGGUGGACCAGUUAUGCCUAUGCAGAUGCCCGGUCAGAUGCCUCCCCCACAACCGAUGCAGCCUCCGGUCCAACCUUUGGAUCCGAGAGCUCGAGUUGGAGGAGUAGCUGGACCUCAACCGGUUCCAUCGUCUGGCGCUCCUAUGGGAAUGGGAGUUCCGGGAGGCGUACCUGGAACCUCGGCUGGAGCAGAUGGCUCUGUGGCUGCUGGAGGAAACACAGAUGCGGAGAAGGCAAAGGUAAUCAGCCAGGUUAUGAAGCUGACAGAUGCACAGAUUAACCAAUUGCCACCCGAACAGAGGCAGAGUAUCAUUGCUUUACGUGAACAGAUAAUGAAGUCACAACAGAAACGAUAGAAACUUACUUUAACUUGUUCGAUUUUACUUUGUAAACUGUUGAAUAUCUUUGUUUUGAUGUUGUAUGCUCCAUUGAUUGUAAAUUAAAAGUUUUCU